GGGGCCAUCGCUGGCGGGGGGCGGGGCCGGAAACCCCUUCCCCGUGACUGCGCCACGUCUGAGGCGGCUGUGGCAGCGUCGGUGUCGGCGUCCAGGAGCCGGGGCAGGGCACGAUGGCGGACUGGGCUCGGGCUCAGAGCCCGGGUGCUGUGGAAGAGAUUCUAGACCGGGAGAACAAGCGAAUGGCCGACAGCCUGGCCUCCAAAGUCACCAGGCUCAAAUCGCUUGCCCUGGACAUCGAUAGGGAUGCAGAGGAUCAGAACCGGUACCUGGAUGGCAUGGACUCGGAUUUCACAAGCGUGACUGGCCUGCUUACAGGGAGUGUGAAGCGCUUUUCCACAAUGGCAAGGUCCGGACGAGACAACCGGAAGCUUCUGUGUGGCAUGGCCGUGGGUCUAAUUGUGGCCUUCUUCAUCCUCUCCUACUUCUUGUCGAGGGCAAGGACGUGAGCCAGUGGGAGCUGGUGUCUGUGGGUGCCAAGGGCAGCCAGGGUCUUCCCUGCCUGGCGUCUUGGGCUCCGGAGGACUUACCUACAAAGUACUCCUUUGAAAUUAUAAUCGUGGGCCAGGAAUCUUCCUUCUGUGUGGCAGGAGGCUGUGGCUGCCUGUGACCUGAUGAGCUCAUGUUGGCUGGUCCCAUGUGUGGAAGGGACUGUCUCGGGGAAACCAAGGCCCAGCCCCUCCCCCCUCCCCCAGGUGCUAGAGACACAAGCAGAGCUGGGGCCACAGCGUGUCUGGAGGAGCCAGGUCUGAGCAGAGCAACUAUUGAAUCCCAGACGUGGCCACCUGUGGCCUGCAGCUUUUCUCCCAGCUCUUGAACAGCUUGCCCUGGACAUCGAUAGGGAUGCAGAGGAUCAGAACCGGUACCUGGAUGGCAUGGUAGGCUGACAUCUGAAGGCUCCACGGUCAUGUCCUUGUCUGGAUGAGGCCAUGUCUGUGAUCCAAGGUUCCUGGAACUGACACAGGAAGGGACUGUGAACCCUAAGUGGGUGCUAUCUCCUCCGACUGAGGCUUCUCAGCCUGGAGAUGGCAGUUACUCCUGGCCAUGGUUGCUGAGUACGGGAGACCAGUGCGGCCACCCUGCUGUGAGUUCUCUGUGUCUACUCUCCAGUCCUGCAGAUGAAGUGAGACCCCUGGGGAGAACGGGCUGUGGAUGAAGGAGUGGACUGCAGCCUUGGCCUAGCCACUGGGCGGGAUCCUUUUGGGUCAUGUUACUUUGUAUCCAGGAGCAGAAACUUGUAUUCUCAGGAUUCAGGAUCUACCCAGCACCAAAGAUGUAUUUUCAGAAGAACAGACCUAGAAAUGGGCCUGUCUGGCAUUUCAGAGUCAGGCAAAGCAGGCAGGGCCGGGGAGCUACUGUGGGUCUACACAAGAAGGUUCCUGUGAGGCUAUCAGUUGUUGCCAUAUAGCUUGCUGGUAACUCUGGCGCCUCCGCCAAGCCCUGCCAGACUCCUCUGGCUGUGAUGGCGUUCUGUGCCAUCCUCGUUGUCCCCAGCCUCUGCAGGAUGCCCUCCCUACCCACCUCUCCCUGGGCCUUCCCUGUCCACUGGGCUGGGCUCAUGUUCAAACCACUGGACUGGCAGGGCAACGGCUUCUCCCCACCUCAAGGUGAGGUCCUUGCCCCCUUGGCAUAAAAACACCUUUAAAGCAUGAGCCGUGUGCUUCUGUGCCCUUCUCUGUCCUGUUCCAAUCUUCUGCCUCCCAGUCAUUCCUUGGGGACUAUGGGAUCACUGUCCCCCAACCUGUGUGGUCACACCGUGUGUCCUGUCAAUCCAGAACUGCCUCUGAGCUCCAGGCUGACCACAGAUCAGCCACAGCCUGGUACCUGCAGCCCCACUUUGCUCACCCUUCCCCUCCCCUCCUUCCUUCCACACAGCAAGCCCACCUUUCUCCAUGCACGCUCACCAUAGCCCCCUUCCUUGUGACCUGAGCCCUCCGUUGUACCUGGCUGAGACUGUCAGCCUCCUGGAGGAGUCCACCUUCUUCCCCUAUGCAGUGCAAGCUCACUUCUCACCCAGCAAGGUGGACUCACCUGCCCCCAUGUCUCUGGGGCUUUGCUGUUGCCCUGAAACCUAGCUGGGCUGGUCUUGCUCCCAGCUUGCUUCCCCCUUCUCGGAUGUCCCUUUGCAGGCCCGUCGUUCCUCAGGCACCAGUGUCCUUGUCUGCCACGGCGAGCUCAUCAGGGGCUUGUACCCUGGUCACCAAGCAUGGUAGCAGCUGCCUGCGUUGGGUCUCCAUCUGGUCACUGCAGGAGCCAACCCUUUAUCUCCCAUAUUUUCUUGGGCCAUGGAGGGCUGACCUCCAUUUUGGUGAAUGUGGCUGAGCUGUGGUAACCAGCUAUACCCCAGGUGCGCUUCCCAUGGUUGGUGGUACCCGCCCACCUUGCUGAUGUGAGCUGGAAAAUUAGGCUGUAUCUCAGACUGGCCUUCGCUGGAGAGGUGCUUUGCUGUCUCUGAGACUCAGUCACUGUGUUCCCUCCCCACCUGUCUCCACAGCUGUUUGCAACCCUCCCAGGUUGUUUGGGGUCUGGGCUGGACUUCCUUUGUGGUUUGCUUUUCUGCUUCUCACUCUUGUUGUAUUAAGAAGGAUUCCACAAAGGGAGAGUGGCAACCCUGCUGCUGCUGUGCCCGACCCUAACCCUCCAGCUCAGCCCUGUGCACCUGACCCUGUAAAUGAGCAGGGUUUGUGACUACACUCCCUGACACCAGUAAAACCAAAAGGAAUCUUGGGGGCUCAGUAUGAGAGCCAGGGUUACCCACUCUGCCAAGUAAGGACAAACUGCUAGGCUGUAUCCCAUAAUUUCAGGAUGAGAAACAUUAACAAUAAAAAUUUGUAGUACACAUAACCUCAUGAAGAACUAA